GGGCCCGCAGGGCAUGCGGAGACGAGGGGGGUGUUGCGGGGGGGGGGGUCCCCGUGCCCGCGCCGAGGCGGCGGCGGUGAGGAAGAGGAAGAGCGAGCGCCGCUAAGACCCAGCGGGCUCUGCGGGCAGCGGGGCGGGCGGAUCGCAGGCAGCGGCUCCAUCACCAGCACAGAGAAAGGGGAAGAGGAGGCGGAGAAGGGAGGGAGGAAGGAAGCAGGGCCGGGCCCCCCCUCCCCGGAAUGGACAUGGCCUGACCGGGCCCCGCAGCCCCCCGCGGCCCGGUGCAGGUUUGCGGGCGGCGCCUGCCCCCCCCCCCCCUCCCCAUGGCGCUGUAACCGGCGAGGGGCCGCGGCGAGCGGCGGCGGUGCUGGUGCCGGUGGUGCCGGCGGUGCUGGUGGCAGCGGCGGUUCCGGUGGUGCCGCGGCGGGCGAUGCGCGGCACAGCCCCGGUGCCGGCAUGCUGAGGACAGAGGCAGGCGGCGGGGGGGCCCCGUCCGCGGCAGCGCCGGGCGGCGGUGGUCUCCGGAGCGCAUCCCCGCACCGGAAUGCCUACGAGGCCACCAUCCAGGCCCUGGCGCCCACAAAGGAGGCCGAUGGUGAAGAUGGCAAGAAAAGCCGGGGUAAGAAGUAUGGCUCCAACGUUCAUCGCAUCAAGAACAUGUUCCUGCAGAUGGGGACAGCGCCCGGCCCCGAGGGCGCCUGCGACCUGGCCAAGGCCAAGGAGAAGCCGGUCUGUCUGUCCCUGCCCCGGGCUGGCAGCCUCAGCGAGAGCAUGGACCAGGGCAGCCUCCUCAAGCUGGGCACCAGCGUCUCCGAGAGGGUCAGCCGCUUCGACUCCAAACCCGACAAACCCUUCUCCAAGCUGCAGGAGACCCGCAAGAUCUUUGAGAGGAGCCCGCAGGAGAAAGCCACCACCACCAAGCUCUUGCUGCGUAAGGAACGCGCCGGGUUCCAGGACCGUAAGCUGGACGUGGUGGUGCGGUUCAAUGGCAGCACCGAGUCCCUGGACAAGCUGGACACCGAGGCCGUGUCGCCCACCGUCAGCCAGCUCAGCGCUGUCUUCGAGAAGGCCGACCUGCGGAACAACCUGCACAAAGCGCAGGGGCGAGCGGUUGGAGCGCUGGGCACCAAGGUGAUGGGCAAGCGGCCCCGGGUGUUCCUGCCGGGUGCCGAGGCUGCUCGGGCGGGCGAUGGCCACGCUGCCCAGCCCCGCGCCCGGCCGCCAGAGGAGGAGAAGGCGGCGGGGAAGAGCGCCCGGGCGGCAGAGAAGGAGCCGCCGGCCCCGCGGGUGCAGGAGGUCUGCAAGAUCAAGCCGGUGGAGGUGGAGGAGAGCGGCGAGGCCGAGGAGGAGGAGGCGGCAGCGGUGAUGGAGCCGGUGGCCGUGCCCCAGCCGGCCGUGGGGACCCAGGACCUGGCGCCCGCCCCGUCCCAGCUGGACAGGGGCUCCGGUGUGGCCGUGGGUGAGGAGGGCGUCAAGGGAGAGCAGGCGGAGGAAGGCGAUGGCUACGAGGAGGCCAAGAAGGAGGACUUCUCCGAGGCGGACCUGGUGGACAUAAGUGCCUACAGCGGGCUCGGGGAGGACUCGGGGGGCAGCGGACUGGAGGAGGAGGAGGAGGCCGAAGGGCUCUAUGAGCCCGAGUCAGGUUGUGUGGAGAUCCCAGGGCUGUCCGAGGAAGAGGAGCCUGUCCCCAACCGCAAGAUCCAGUUCAGCACGGCCCCCAUCCAGGUCUUCAGCACUUACUCCAAUGAAGACUACGACCGCCGCAAUGAAGAUGUUGACCCCAUGGCUGCAUCGGCUGAGUAUGAGCUGGAGAAGAGGGUGGAGCGACUGGACCUCUUCCCUGUGGAGCUGGAGAAAGACUCGGAGGGGCUGGGGAUCAGCAUCAUUGGCAUGGGCGCGGGGGCCGACAUGGGCCUGGAGAAGCUGGGCAUCUUCGUCAAGACGGUGACGGAGGGGGGGGCUGCCCACCGGGACGGCAGGAUCCAGGUGAACGAUCUCAUCGUGGAGGUGGAUGGCACCAGCCUGGUUGGGGUCACGCAGAGCUUCGCUGCCUCCGUCCUCAGGAACACCAAGGGCCGUGUCCGGUUCCUCAUCGGUCGGGAGAAGCCGGGGGAGCAGAGCGAGGUGGCGCAGCUGAUCCAGCAGACGCUGGAGCAGGAGCGCUGGCAGAGGGAGAUGCUGGAGCAGCGCUACUCCCAGUACCCGGAGGAUGACGAGGAGACGGGUGAGUACGCCACGGAUGAGGAGGAGGAGAUGAGCCCCAUGUUCCCCAGCGGCGAGAUGGCCAUUGAGGUGUUCGAGCUGGCCGAGAAUGAGGACACGCUCUCACCGGUGGAGAUGGACCCCGAAAAGCUGGUGCACAAGUUCAAGGAGCUCCAGAUCAAGCACGCUGUCACUGAGGCUGAGAUCCAGCAGCUCAAGAGGAAGCUGCAGAGCCUGGAGCAGGAGAAGGCACGCUGGAGGGCCGAGAAGGCGCAGCUGGAGCAGAGCGUGGAGGAGAACAAGGAGCGGAUGGAGAAGCUGGAGGGGUACUGGAUGGAGGCGCAGAACCUCUGCCAGGCUGUGGACGAGCACCUCAAGGAGACCCAGGCUCAGUACCAGACCCUGGAGCGCAAGUACAGCAAGGCCAAGAGGCUCAUCAAGGAGUACCAGCAAAAGGAGAUCGAGUUCCUCAAGAAGGAGACGGCGCAGCGGCGGGUGCUGGAGGAGUCGGAGCUGGCGCACAAGGAGCAGAUGGAGAAGCUGCAGGAGAAGAUCUCCGAACUGGAGGCCAAGCUGCAGACUUUGAAAAAUUCCAACCCGACUUAAGUCACCCUCAAACCGCAGCGAUCCUGGGGGGGGGGCUCCCU